GGCGUUGAUGCAAAUGGAUGCAAAUUUUGGCCUAUAAGACCCGCCGGGUCCCACCAUGGUGGCACCUUCGCCAUCGGCACCAUGGGCAUCCAGUUGGCCUCCGCCAUCUUGCUCGUCCUCGCCGCCCUGCCGGGUCUCCAGGCGGCCAUUGAAUUGGUGGAGUCCGGGGGCGGCCUCGUGUCCCCCGGGGGGUCCCUGCGCCUCGUUUGCAAGGCCUCGGGCUUCACCUUCAGUAGCUACGACAUGCAGUGGGUGCGACAGGCGCCCAACGGGGGCCUUGAGUGGGUCGCGGGUAUUAGUUACACUGGUGGUAGCACGUGGUACGCGCCAUCGGUCAAGGGCCGGGCCACCAUCUCGAGGGACAACGGCCAGAGCACGGUGACGCUGCAGCUGAACAGCCUCAAGGCCGAGGACACGGCCACUUAUUACUGCGCCAAAAGUGCUCACGGCGACGCGACUCUCAUCUGCCGCCGUACAAAAACCUCCCAACACCCUUUUUCCCACUACAAACGGGGAUAUUUGGUUCUUAUGACCGUUUCCAGCAGCCCCGGGGACGCUUUUGCCUUCACGCCCAUUUUCGAGGUGCCCGAGCGCGUCCGCCCCCACCCCGAGACACAGUUUUUGUACGAAAAGAGGCGUUUUUGGGACCACGGUGCUGCUGGUAGCAUCGACGCCUGGGGCGCCGGAGCCGUCGUCACCGUCUCCUCCGCCCCCGCUCAUGCACCCACCGUCUUCUCGCUCCUGCCCUGUCCCUGCGACUCCGACGUCACCAGCGUCACCUUCGGCUGCGCCGCCCUCGACUUCUUCCCCCUCCCCGGGGCCGUCACUUGGGGGUCUCUAGAUGGCAACAACCUCACCUUCCCCGUCACCUCGGGAGCCAACAGCGCCUCCUACAGCAUCAGCAGCCUCGUCACCCUCCCCGCCAGAGACCUGAAUGGCGCCACCUUCCAGUGCCAGGUGGAUUAUGGGUACUUGAACCCAGUCACCCACGAGGUCUCAGGUGACAAAAUCUGUAAUGACCCGGCAUCCAAACCGGUGACCAAGCUCCUGGCCGACCCCAACACCUACCAGGCCGAGCAGAAGAUCCUCCUCCUGUGUCUCCUGGAAGGUCCCACCGCCAGCUCCACCCGAGUCCAAUGGCUGGUGAACCAUGAGGAGGUGAACCUCGCCCAGCAGGUGACGACGUGCGGUGACUCCUACAGCAGCCAGGUGAACGUCAGCCGGCAGAGCUGGGACCUGGGCGCCGAGUUCUCCUGCCGGGUGACCAACCCAGACCUGGCGACACCCCAGGUCCUCAACAUCAGCACCUACUGCUCAGGUCCCAAACCCACCGUGGAGGUGGCGCUCUACCCCCCGACCCUGGAGGACCUUUACGUCACCGGCAAUGCCAGCGUCACCUGCGUGGCCACCAACGUCAAGACGCCGGAUGAGGUCAAGUUCACCUGGAGGCGGGACCGGGGUGACGCCAUCGACGUGACGUCAUUGUCCCCCGAGCGAUUGGCCAACGGGCUCUACCGCCUCACCAGCGUCCUGAAGAUCUGCGCCGAGGAGUGGAACUCAGGCGAGAAGUUCACCUGUGAGGUCACCGACCCCGACCUCGGCGACAACGUCACCAAGUUUGUCAAGAAAGACCUCGACACGCCGGUGAAGGCCCCGUCCGUCUACGUCUUCCCGCCAGCGGCCGAGGAGCUGGCCCGCCAGGAGUCGGUGACCCUGACCUGCCUGGCGGCCGGGUUCCAGCCGGCGGCCAUCUUGGUGACCUGGACCCACGGCGACGUCCCGGUGGCGCCUGAAAGCGUCUCCACCUUCGAGCCCCGAUUGCAGGGAGACACCUACAGCACCUACAGCCUCCUGGAGGUGCCGGCCAGCCAGUGGCAACGCGGCGACACCUUCUCCUGCGUCGUCGGCCAUGACGGCAUCCCCAUGAACUUCAUCCAGAAGAGCGUGGACAAGAGCUCGGGUAAACCCACCGCCGUCAACGUCUCGGUGGUUUUGGCCGGUGCCGAUGACACCUGCUACUGAGCGCCACCGGGGGGGCGGGGGGGCUUGUGUUUCCGCAUUAAAAUAAAGAAAAAUACCCAAAAAACCCGCCCUGAAAA